UUACCCCCUCCAGCCCCUCUCCAGCUCCCUCUUCCCUGUUCUCUCCCUGCUCCCCUCUCCAGUCCCCCUCUGCCCCUCCUGUCCCUUCUUUCUUGGGGGCUUGGACAUCCCCGCCCUUCCCCAAGGGCCUCCCUGUGACAGGGGGGAGUCUGAGGAUCCUCUCACCCAGAGCUUGUUGUUCUGAUGUCCUGGGUUUCCUGUAGGUCCUGGUGCCCGUCACUCACACUCCUGAACCUACCUGCCCUCCAAAUGUACAGCUUGUCCAAACCCACUAAUGCUGCCUGAGUGUAAUAUUGAAGAUGGGAGGUGCUGUGAGUGCCGGAGAAGACAAUGAUGAGCUGAUCGAUAAUUUAAAAGAAGCCCAGUACAUCCGGACUGAGCUGGUGGAGCAGGCUUUCCGAGCUAUUGAUCGUGCAGAUUAUUAUCUUGAAGAGUUUAAAGAAAAUGCGUACAAGGAUCUGGCGUGGAAGCAUGGGAACCUUCACCUCUCUGCGCCGUGCAUAUACUCGGAGGUGAUGGAAGCGUUGGACCUGCAGCCCGGGCUCUCGUUUCUGAACCUGGGCAGUGGCACUGGGUACCUCAGCUCCAUGGUCGGACUUAUUUUAGGUCCUUUUGGUGUAAACCAUGGGGUGGAACUUCACUCAGACGUAAUAGAGUACGCAAAACAGAAACUGGACUUCUUCAUCAAAACAAACGACAGCUUUGACAAGUUUGAAUUCUGUGAACCUUCCUUUGUUACUGGCAAUUGCCUGGAGAUUUCUCCAGACUGCACUCAGUAUGACCGUGUGUAUUGUGGGGCUGGUGUUCAGAAGGAGCAUGAAGAUUACAUGAAGAAUCUCCUCAAAGUCGGGGGGAUCCUUGUCAUGCCACUAGAGGAAAAGCUGACUAAGAUAACACGUACUGGUCCUUCUGCUUGGGAAACCAAAAAGAUCCUGGCUGUUUCUUUCGCUCCUCUCACCAAGCCCUGCCAUUCGGAGCCAGGAAAAUCGAGACUUGUCCAGUUGCCACCACGGGCGGUCCGUAGCCUGCAGGACUUGGCUCGCAUUGCUAUCCGCAGUACUAUUAAGAAGAUAAUUCACCAGGAGACGAUGAGCAGAAGUGGAAAUGGACUCAGGAAUACUCCCAGGUUUAAACGAAGGCGAGUUCGCCGCCGUCGAAUGGAAACUAUUGUCUUUUUGGACAAAGAGGUCUUUGCUAGUCGGAUUUCCAACCCCUCUGACGACAAUAACGGUGAAGACCCCGAGGAGGAACGGUGGGAGGAAGAAAAGACCUCCCCGGCAAGGAAGCCAGAGCCCCCGGUGAACUUCCUGCGUGAGAAGGUGCUGAGCCUCCCUCUGCCAGACCCCCUGAAGUACUACCUGCUGUAUUACAGGGAAAAGUAAGGCCCCCGUCUGUGAACAGAUGGGGAGAGAGAAGGGAGCUGCUGUCUGGUCAGCUCCUCCUCUUUCUCCAGUUUGUUCUUCGUUGUCCUCUAAAAUUUUCGAAUAGUAUGAUUUCCUUUAAAAUAAUCUGACAAAUGUAAACUGCAAAGAAGUGUGUUUUCCAGAGAGGUGAGAAUCUCCCACAGAAGAGAGUUUGUAGCCAACUCUGAUGAGACACAGAAUCAGGUCUGCCUCACCACCGCUUCUCACACAGGACGUGUACAGUGUGUUUACAAUGAAAACAGUCCCUGAAAUUGUUUUGCAUAUCAUAUGUGAAAGAAAGCACAAGUUUGUAAGUAUAUAAAAUCUCUUCUGGGUGUCAUACACCUAUGUCCAAGUUAGAAUUUUAUGUUACUGGCCUCUUUGUAACUGGCAUUGAGUUUCACUAAAUUUUUAGUUUCCUAAAAGGGGAAACAUUUUGAAAAGCCUUCCCUCAUUUUAAUUAAAGCACUUAAAUCUUUUGCGAGCUGUCAACUGUAAUUUUUAAAAGGAAGAACUAUGAUUAGAGGAGGAAGAAUAAGAGUAUCAAAUCAUCAGAUGUCUUUCUGGAAUUCAGAAGACUCCCAAGGAAAUUUUUUUCCUGGCAUCUUUUUGUACUCUUAAAAGAACCACUGUCAAGUAAUCUCUAAAAGAAAACCCUGAGAAAUGAAACAAGUUGUGUGUGUGUGCGCGCGCGUGUGUGCGCGCUCUCGCGCUCACUCGUUUCUGCAGAACAGGUGGAAAGUAUUAAGAUUGAAGGAAAUUUGGGGUCCCUGUUAGGGACAGCCUACGCUUGAUGGACUUCAGUUUGCUAUUUUUCUGUAACCACAUUAGAGUACACAUAGAUUUUAUCUUUUAUAAAUCUCAAGAAAAAAAUAUUUGUUAGUUUUGUAGUUCUUCUUAAAAACAGGUAUGUAUUUGAUGAGCCCGUUGCAUUGGAACAGCCGAGCUCACAGUGCGUGUGGAGUAGAGCGCCACGCUUGGGCAGCAACCUGUGGGCCGAACUUACACUGGUCAGAUGGCUGAGUGUUUUGAAAUUGUAUUGCUUAUUCCAAAAGAUUGGUUCUUUUGAAAGCUUUUUUUCUCACCCAAAGAAAAGAAUAGUGCAAACUGUUAACAGUAAGCUCAAACUCACAGUGUGCUGUGUAGGAUUAAGCAUCCCGACUUUAUAAUUACUUUUCACCCUCCGCCCCUCGGGAGCUGCUGGGUUUCCCCAUCUCUGGUUUCAUUAACUGAGCUCUGAUUAUUUUGAACCUUUUCUUUUUUCUUAGUAACUGAAUCAUUUUCACCACGUGAUACAGUCUGCAUACAUGGCAGGGUAAACACGUAUACUGACCUAGAUUUGUAAAUAGAAGCUAUUUUAUAUAAAGUUCAGGUUUUGUUUAACUGCUUUUUAGUUGAACGUCGUGUCAUUCUUUCUGAGAGAAAUGCUUAGUUUAAGUUUACUUGCUGAUACUUUGUAGUUUGCAGAUCUUUUCGACGUUGUUCUAACUGUCGAUAACUCAGUUACAUGGAAAUUUUUGGACAUAACAUUGAAUGAAUGAUCAAUGAAAUCAGUUAUAUUAGGUAGUUCGACUAAUUUUUUUUUUAACCAUAUUCGCCUUUGUGCUAGAUUGGAAAAACUCUUUACAAUGCACAGGACAUGUUUUUCCUGGUAUGUGUUAAACUUCUCCUAGCAUUUGUAUUUACAUGUUGUCAGUUUGAGCUUUUUUCAAAACUAGAAUUAGUUAAAAAUAUAUAAAGAUGUAAUAUAUAUGUGAAAUCAUUUGGAGUUUAUCUUAUAAAAAUAAACUGUUUUUAUAAGCAAGUUUUCCUGUGCUUAAGCACCUUACACUAGAGUUCAGUAUAAUAUACUGUUUUCUGUUUUCAAACAGAUAAAUUAUAACAAUGUAUAUUAUCUGCAAGCUCCUUUAUGAAAUGUAUUGUAAACCACAUUCUUGACUAUUGUUUACUCUCAUGUCUUGAGUAGUCUUUCUUUUAAUAUCAUAUGACUUUUGUCUUGAAAAGUAGUAAGGCCAUAGACUUGUGAAAACAAAUUUGAAGUUUAUAAAUAUUAGAUAUGUAAUGUAAAAAUCAAAUGUAUUUGUAGAAAUAAUUUUGCCAGUCUGGAAUUUUCAGAGGAUUAAUGCAGGGAAUUUGAAACAUGGUUUUCAAUGACAUGGAUAAAUACAAAAUAUAUCAAUAAAGUAGUUAAGACAUUUUAACCUA